AUGUCGUCCACCAGCAACGCCUCCAUUGACAAGUUCAACGGAGACAAUUACGCAACGUGGAGCCGGUACAUGCGCGGUGUGUUUUUGACGAAGUCCGUCUUGCACGUCGUCAACCGUGAAGUGACUCCGACUUUCACCGACCCGCGAGCGUCCGAUGACUACGUCAAGGCAAGCAACGUCGCGUUUGGUAUGAUGCUGCUGCACAUGAACGCGGACUACCAUCAUGUGCUGGACAACUGCGAGGAAGCCUGGGUUGCGUGGACAAGUCUGAAGACGCUGUACGGUGGGUCGCAGAAGGCAGGACGCAUCUACCUCAAGCGACAACUUUUCAGUAUCAAGAUGGCUGAAGGCGCGAACGUCAUGCAUCACUGCAACGAGGUCCUCAACAUCUCCGCCAAGCUUAGCGGCAUCGGUGCGAAGAUGGAAGACGAAGACGUUGCAAUUUGUCUGCUACUCAGUCUUCCGAAGAGCUACGAAAAUGUGGUGCUCAACAUGGAAAUGAGCAGCACCGAGCUUCGCACUCAAGAUGUGGUGAGAGUCCUGACGAAUGAGCAUGCCAAGCGUCAAGGAGAAAAAGGGACAACGACAGCGACUACGGUGAAGGCUGAAGAUGCAAGCAAGGCAUUCAGCGCCGAGCGUGAGCCCUACCAAUGCACGUAUUGUGGCAAGGUGGGACACACGGUGGAUCGUUGCUGGACAAAGCAGAAGAACGAAGGUCGGGGAGCCCGACGCGGCGGCAAUGGUCGUGGACGCGGGGCUAACAAUGUCCAGUGGGGACAUCAUGAUGAAGGCAAUGGCUACGAUCGAGUGGCGUUUGCAGUCUCGUUCGAAUGUGGAGUUUCGACGAGCAAGGACGUGUCUGGAAUGUGGGCCGUCGACAGUGGUGCAACGCACCACAUUUGCCACGACAAGACCAAGUUCGCAAGUUUGGCAGAGCGCAAUGAGGGCGAACUCUUGGUGGCUGAUGGCAACAAGGUGGCCAUCAAGGGUGUGGGAACCAUCAUGGAAAAGGUGGUUCUGCCCAACGGUGAAGAGCGUGAGAUCGAAAUCAAGAACGCGCUAUAUGUUCCAAGUAUGAGCAAGAACCUGCUCUCGGUGCCACAGAUUAACAGCCAUGGCAUGUUCCAAGUCGUGUUUGACGGGUCCAAGAUGUAUGUGACUCUCAAGAACUCACAGCAAGUGGUGGCGACAGCGGAUCUCGUGGAUGGACUCUACUGGCUUCGGACGACUCAACGAUCAGCGAAUGUGACAACAAGUGGAACCAGUUGUGCCGAUCUACAUGCGAGAAUGGGUCAUGCUCCAGUCGAUGUACUUCGCAAGAUGAUCGCGACCAACAUGAUCAAGGAUGUGCGAGUCCCUCUCAAGUCGGGUGGAGCAACUACAUGUCGAGGAUGUCAACAAGGGAAAAUGGUCCAAAAACCAUUUCCAAGCAACCGAGACAAGCGCAGCUACGAUACGUUUGAGCUACUUCAUCUGGACAUCUGCGGGCCCAUGGAAAAGGAUUCGCUCGGUGGCAGCAAAUAUUUGCUGCUGAUCAUCGACGAAGCCAGUGGAUGCAUGAAGGGCUUUUGUCUACGAGUGAAGUCCGAGAGUGAAGACUACAUCCGGAAAUAUAUCACCAUGGUACAGACGCAAUUCUGUUAG